AUGGCCUCUGUUGACAAUAUCGAUACUAGAUUAUUUAAAUAUAUUGGUAUAGUCAGUGAAGGCGAUGUAUAUAGUCAUAACUUAGUAUAUAUUCAUACUAAUGAGAAGCAAAUAAAUGUCAUUAUCAAUGAACGCACCUUUUUCAGACUGCCUUAUACUUCAUGUGAGUUAAAGUUUGCAUCAACAAUUGUUAGUAAUAAAGUUUUUACAAGACUAAAGGAAUAUAUAUUUGAAAUUAUUGCACAUAAUGAACUCAGUGCUGAUAAAACAUUUUUGACAUGCUUACUAGAAAAACAUGAAAAAUCAUCUUGUGGAAAAGAACUAGAACUAAAACUUUCUCAGCUUAUAACAAAAAUUGUUACACAGUAG